AUGCGCAUAAAUGGUCAGGCUGACUCCCUGAAGUCGGUAGUGGAUACCCCGUUUGGCAAAGUAGGAGGCCUCAAUUGCUGGAAACGCAUAAAGCCUCUGCUUCGUCACUACGAGUAUUCCCAGGGUGUGGAGAUCCAUGUCACGGGACGGUCGCCUUUCUGGAAACAGCCAAAGGACAUACCUUGGCCAUAUCAUGUCACCGCUGAAGCAGAAUCUCGUGCAUACCAGUUCACGGCCUUUGAGGGGGCCACUUUCGUCCUGGUCUGCACACAGAUGUUGACCGCGGAAAACGAGGACAGGAAUAAGUUGACUGACAGGCCCUUCUGUGAAGCACCAGGAAGGGGCUUUUCGAUGAUCUACGGGCCUGACGGCGCACCACUAGUGGAACUCUUAGCUCCAGAUGAAGAGUAUACUCUACGCAGAUAUUGA